CUGCGAGAGAGGGUGCGAGGGCGCCGUUGCGACCGUAUGUUGCGUUAGUGCUCAAGCUUUUCGAGGUGCCCUCAUGCCUGGGCUCCGCUCCGGGGUUCAGCUCUUGGGCACCGUCACUCAAGUCUGACCGCAUAUUCGUGGCGAUCGGUUCUGUGCCCCCCCGCCCUGGCUGCCGAUUCCGAACUGCCCCUCGGAGCCGCGGGCCUGGAGUCUGAAGUGCCCGAGCUAGCCGUGCCCCUCGGUGAUUCAACACUCGGGGAUCCGCUGCGGCUACGGCGUGGACCCCGCCCAUGGUGCGAUGGGUUGUGGUGGCGAAAUGGCCCGCGCUUGCGGCUCCACGGGUUGGUGCGAGAGGUCUUCGGUUGCUCAAUGGCACGCUCGACCACGACGUGUACGAAGAGAACUUCAGCGGGGACAGCCUCAGCGCAUUGGGCGUUCGGUUCGCCAGGGCCCGACGGGGUCGAGGCGGGCCUGACCUUGGGAAGGAUGGCGGCUUCAGGCUGAGGCUCACCGCUGGGAUGGAGACCGUUGCCCUGUCAGCCGCGGCGAUAGUGGCGGACGAAACCUGCGAGGGCACCGCUGGUUCGGUAACCGAGUUGCUGACAAAUCGCGGCGCUGCUGGCCUCGGCGGAGCUGGAGGCGCUGCCGCUCUGGUCGGUGCGGGGCGAGGCCGGGGGCUCGAGCCCAGAGUCGUUGCGGAAAGGGCUGCUGCCUACUCCCGCUUGGGCGCCCGGGCGCCUGCGUCGGUGGGCGGAGCUCUGGCAGCGGCGGCGGGCUUGCCGCUCUUCGUUCAUCCUGCUAGCCCGGAGUGGGCGAUGACAGAGUCGACGGCCGCGGGUGGUCAGGAGACUGCCUCUACCUUCUGCAAGACCAGGCUGCUUGGAGACGACUCGGAGGUCAUGCGGACAGAUCGCGAGCGGAUCGGGGCCACGCGCUUCUCGAUGACUUUGCAUCUGUACGCUGGGCCAGAGGCAUGGCGAUGCUCGGGCGCCUGGUGCCUUACUCGCAUCGCCCGCCGCCGACGCGCGCCGCGGGGGCGCCCUGGACUGUUCAAGAGACAGGGCCACUAGACAAGCACGGACUACGGGGGGGCACGCUACGAGAGCAUCGCACGGAUGAUCGACUUCGCGGAGCUCUGGGGCCCAGUGAACCUGGGGGCUGGAGUCAAAGGCGAGAUCGCGAUUCAGCAGGUGCAGUUGCACGAGCACGCGCACGCGAGGGAGGCGGAGUGGCCCUCGGGAAGGGGGCCCCCGCCUCGGAGGGAGACAGGAGCGAGAAGGGCCAGGGGCAGGUUCGAAUGACGGGGCGCUCGCGUAAAUUGACCGGGGUCCUUUCGAAUUUGUUUCGCAAAUAUUAUUGGGAAUUUCUCGUUUUUCACAUGCCACCAGGUCUCGUGUUCAGCAUGAUUUGCAUCAUUGAACGUUCAUCGAAGUUGCAUGACCAUCGCGCGCGAUUGUCAUGACAACAAGUUGCCACUAGACAGCAUAAUACCCGCAUGUUUCUUUCAGGGUGGUGCCAAAGAUCUUCUUACACACGUACUCGGAGACAUGCUCUCAUAGCAGUAUUGGGAGAUAAUGAGAGCAGCAAUACCGCGGCACUUUUGCGAGAGUUUCGGGCACAGCUCGUUGUAGCAAAGCAGGGUGCACUGAUGGGCACGAGGUGUCAAACAAAGCAUCCAUAAGACGGUGCAGAACUCAGACGCAUCCGACCCCUGCGGGGGGUAGUGCUUCGUCACCGUGCCGUGCGACUCCUGAUACACAUUGCCACUUUGUCCAGCUUGUUCCUCUCUUCUUCCUAUAUCAUGUUCAUUGGUCCCAUUCGGGUUUGCGCGUGCACCGCGGCUUCACGACAGUCCAGCGACAAAAGACACAUGUUGAACGAAUCACGUAUCCCCACCAGCCCA